AUGCCGGACAACAGAGUCACCUACCGUCGCCGCAACCCGUACAACACGAGGAGCAACAAGACUCGCGUGGUCAAGACUCCUGGUGGUGAGCUUCGCACGCUCCACAUCAAGAAGCGUGGAACUGCCCCGAAGUGCGGUGACUGCGGCACCAAGCUUCCUGGUGUCCCCGCUCUCCGCCCCCGCGAGUACUCCCAGAUCUCCAAGCCCAAGAAGACUGUCCAGCGCGCAUACGGUGGUUCGCGAUGUGGCAACUGCGUGCGUGACCGUGUCGUGCGUGCCUUCCUGAUCGAGGAGCAGAAGAUCGUGAAGAAGGUGCUGAAGGAGCAAGAGGGUGGCAGCAAGAAGAAAUAA